GUCUGUCAAAAGCAACUUCGCAGUGCCAUCAUCAUUAUCAUUAUUUGGCAUCCAAUUCACUUCAUAUUAUUAUUUAUAGUACAAUGUAUUAUUCAUCCAUAAACACAUUUCACUAUCUUUCUAUAAAUAACUCUUCUUCUCAUUUCACUUCAUAAAUCCUCCACACACUCUCUUAAAUAUCAUUAACUUCCCAAUGGCGUUCUCUAGAACCUUCAUUGCCUCAUCACUUCUCCUCUCACUUAUCCUUUUCAAUAUAGUUGAAGCUCACCAGGUAAUAAGCAUCUAUGAAGCUACAUCACCAUCCCCUCUUCCCCAAACAAUAGAUUGCAAGGUAGCAUGUGGAGGAAGGUGCAAAGUAUCAUCAAGGCCAAACCUAUGUAAUAGAGCUUGUGGUAAUUGUUGUGCGGUGUGCAAGUGUGUCCCUCCUGGCACUUCUGGAAACUUUGACUCAUGUGCUUGUUAUGCCAAACUCACCACUCGCAACCAAAUUCGCAAGUGUCCUUGAUUUUAUUAUAUGGAGAGAAAGAGAAGUGAGAUUGUAACAUUUUCUUUGUUAUUUUCUUUUUAAUAAUUUCAUUACUAUUAAUUAAA